AGUUGUACGUUACUCUAAUUAGAGAGCAGGGGAAGUUAAAAGAAUCUGUGAAACUGCUACAAGAGGUUUUGGAGAUACGAGAGAAAAUCAACGGCUCCACUCACCAAACAGUUGCUUCUACGCUCAAUAAUUUGUCAGUCUUACACGGUAAACUAGGAGAGCAUAGAACAGCCGAAGAUUUCUGUCGUCGAGCACUGGAGAUACGACAAAAAUUGUUAGGUCCCAAUCAUCCUGAUGUGGCACAGCAGCUAAUAAACCUAGCAACACUUUGCCAGCACCUUGGGAAAUACGAGGAGGUGGAAUGGUACUACCAAAGAGCACUAGAGAUAUAUCACACAGAGUAUGGACCAGAUGAUCCAAGAGUAACAAAAACACUAAAUUACCUCGGUAAGUGCUACAUGAAGCAGGGUAAACUGGAAGCAGCUGAGAGUAUAUUCAAGAAAGUAAGGACAUCAGUGCAAGCCCAAGAGAGCAGCAUUGGGAGGGACAGUCGGGAGCACUCCUCAUCCCCCACUUCAAUGCUCGGGCGGAUAACCCCACCUCUUCCUGUUUUAGAAGAGAGGAGACACCACACUCUUCCGUCUCCUAAAAGAAGCUCAAGUGCUCAUCGAUUGCAAGGAAUCUCACCUUCUUCUUCUUCCCCUUUGAGCAAAGGAAGGGGCGGGACUGGAGGAGGAGGGGCUAUUUAUGAAGAUAAAAUAAUUGACAACGAUCAGAGAUCGAAAGCAAGUCGAGCAUCUUCGGUCUCUUCUAACGUCCUCAA